AUGACGUCUGAACCCUUUUUCGGGAUGAAGCCCAGCGCGGCACAGCCGCUCUUCUCCCUCCCUGGGACCAUCUCACAGCGAGUUGGAGCAUACACCUUAACAUCGAAUGAAAAAUCAUCCUCAGGGUCCAACUUGUGGCUUGCGCGAAAUAAACACUCGCCUGCCACGGUCGAGCUGCAAGACUCUCUGGCCUCCGAGCUGGGAGAGCACACUCGAUCGUCAGUCUAUUGCAGUGCAAGUAUCGAGCGUAUCAAGUCAGGGUAG